CCGAUAUCGCGCGCGGCGUCUCGCGCGCGAGCGGCGUUUCGAUCGCGCGGCGCGCCCGCGUCGCGUCCUCCGCGCCGCGUUCCCUCUCCGCCGUCGCCGCGCGGCGCGCGCGUCGGCGUCGUCGUCGUCGCGUCGAUGGCGACGUCGUCGUCGUCGUCGUCGACCGCGGCGCACGCGUCGCGCCGCGUCGCGAAGGUCGCCGUCGUCGGCGCCGGCGCCGCGGGCCUCGCCGCGGCGAAAGAGCUCCGCGAAUUCGGCCACGACGUGCGCGUCUUCGAGAAGGGCCGCGACGUCGGCGGCGUCUGGGUCUACGACGCCGCCGUGGAGGACGACGCGCUCGGCGUGGAUCCGAACCGCGCGAUUGUGCACUCGUCCGUGUACGCGUCGCUGCGAACGAACCUCCCGAGAGAGGUCAUGGGAUACGCGUCGUUCCCGUUCGCGUCGUCCAAGUCGUUCAGCGGGAGCGACGACCGGAGGUUCUGCGGGCACGAGGAAGUGCGCGCGUACCUUCGCGCGUACGCGACCCGUCACGAUCUGUUGGAUGCGAUUUCGCUGGGCGAGGAGGUGACCGACGCGACGCCGGUCGUCGCCAAGGCGUCCGACGACGACGACGCGACGCGAUGGGGGCCGAAGUGGCGCGUCACCACGAGAUCCGUCGAGAAGGGCGACGACGACGACGCGAACGCCGCCGUCGUCGAGACGUUCGACGCGCUCGUCGUGUGUAACGGGCACUACUCGGUCCCGCGCACGUGGCCGGGGACGCAGACGCACUCGCACAACUACCGCACCCCGGAGGGGUUCGAGGGGAAAACCGUCGUCGUGCUGGGCGCGAUGGCGUCGGGGGAGGACCUCGCGAGGGAGAUCGCGACGCGCGCGAAGACGGUGCACUUGGCCGCGCGCGGGUGGACGCCGCCGAGGGAGGGGCCCGAGGAUGGGGACCCGGGGGACUUUCCCGCGAGCUCGUAUCCGAGGAACUGCGUCCUUCGACCGGGCAUCGCGGAGCUUCGAAGCGAGGGCGUCGCCGUCGUCUUCGAGGACGGCGCGAUCGUGGAGGGCGUGGACGCGGUCGUGUACGCGACGGGGUAUCACUACGUGUUUCCGUUUUUGGAAGGAGAGACGGACCGGGAAAAGUCCUUAAGGAUCGGCGUUCACCACGCCAGCGCGGUCGUAUGGGAACCAGUGUAUUUGGAAGGCGGCGGCGAGACGGAGAAGAAGGCGUUUUCCGUCGCCGCGGUGGAUAACUGCGUGUCGCCGUUGUAUAAGCACGUCUUCCCGCCGCGCUCGGCGCCGUCGCUGUCGUUCAUCGGGCUCCCGUGGAAGGUGGUGCCGUUCCCGCAGUUCGAGCUCCAGGCAAGGUGGAUCGCGAAAACGCUCGCGGAGGGGGGGUUACCGAGCCGCGAGGCCAUGGCCGAGGAGGCGGCCGCGUUCGAGGAGAGCCUCGCGAGGGACGGCGUCGCGCGAAGGCACGCGCACAGAAUGGGAGAGACGCAGUUCGCGUACAACGACGAGCUAUCGACGCUGUGCGGCGAGGAGCCGCUGGCGGGGUGGCGCGCGGAGAUGUACCGCGCGACCGGGCGAAGGAAGCGGUCGAAACCGACGGAGUACAGGGACGCGGCGCCGUGGGACGACGAAGCCGCGCGCGAAGCCGCGCGCGAAGAGUUCGCGAGAUUUAUAGACUAG